GCGGUUGUACCCGGGCAACGGGAAGCAGCUCAACACAAAAUCUCCGAACAUGGCUGCCUGACAUGUCGGGGUAACCAGUGGCUCCGGGGCAUAACAUAGCUCCAAGUCGGGUUUUCUCAGUAACCAGACAUUUCCCAGUGCCAAAUCUUAGUCUCUGGAAAGUUUAGAGAGAAUUUCAAAGAUGGCCACAACAUUGGAUCCGGUGAAGAUUCAAGCUUGGCGAGAAGAUCCCAAGUUUGACCUGAAGCAUCGCGACCAGCCGCCCCGGCUGGACCUGUACGAUUUCAAGACCACGGUGGACAUGAAGGUUGCCAUACCGACCCCGCCCAAGUCCACCUGGGAGCUGGACGUGACUCCGGCCAUCUCCACCCAGAAGUGGCUGACCAUGUACGGGCUCAAGAAGAACAAACUGACCAUGGGUCAGAUUCUCCCGGCCAUCGGCUUCAAGCACAGUGACGACUAUGACUAUUCACUGAAGAAGCCAGUGAGUUCCAGAUACGGAGAGGGGUUAUUCCAGAGGUUCCCAAGAAAAGACGGCAAAACAUUCAACGUAACUGUAGGCAAAGACAAGUUGAAACAGAUCGAGAGCAGACUGAUGCAGGCCAUCACCCUGUACAAGAGGAGACUGGAGUGGUUAACGUCCGAGAGUCGGCGUACGUUCGGAGUCAUCGAGGAACACUGCGUGGUUCUUGUGUUGGACAUCAAGACGAUGGACCCGGCGGAGUUUGAAAUCUGCAGGGACAUCAUCAGAAGAGUUGUCAAUGAACAGAUAGCGAAUGUCGCCAAGUUCAACCUCAUCAGAGCCCAGGAAGACCUGAGUGUGUGGCAGCCAGGAGGAGCCAUCCCGUACUCUGCAGAGAGCAGGCUGUCUGCGCUGACGUGGCUGGAGCAGAUCGACAGGAUGGCGGGGAGGUCCAAGACUUCCACUGUCGAGUCUGUCAUCAGGGCCAUGAACGAUCCUAACGCGGAGGCAGUGUACCUGUUCUAUGAGGGUGACCUGUCCAACGACACCCAGCACCUCCUGAGGCAGAAGCUGGUGGGGCAUCGCUACCCUCUCCACAUCGUCUCCUUCAACGCAACCAGUGAGCACACCACCCGCUUCCUCAGGGACCUCACCAAACUCACAGGAGGGAGGUUUCAUGCAUUCACACUUCGGGAGGGCAGGACACCGAUUGGUGGAGUUCCGCCUGGUGCAGGGGUGCGACCAGAGGUCAUUGAACUGUUUGAGGAGCUGGAGGAGGCCAGGAACACCCUAGCAGAGGUGCAGGUGCUGAUUCAAGAGGCUCCUGAUCCCAAGACACAGAUGGCUGAAGCAUACAGGAGAGGCAAAGAAAGAGUGGAGGCACGAAAAAAUAAGGGAAAUGCCACAGUGAAGCCAAGGCCUAAAGUGAAGAGUGAACAGUACAUGGGAUCAAAAGAGUGGUUAGAGAAUUAUGGCAUUGAUGCAAGGAGAAUGGACUUCUAUGAUGUGAUCUCCGGCUGCUGCUUCAAACACAGUGAUGGGGUGGUGGAGCUGAAGAAGAAACCAGGAGACCCCCACUCACAAACUGAUGCUGACACGAAAAACAAGCUGAUCAAUGCAAAGUACUGCGACCGUUUUGCCCACACCAACUGGAAGGAUGGGUCAGUGGUACAUGUACACGUCACCCCUGAGUUCCACAGGCACUAUGAGCAGAGAGUCAGCACAGUGGUACAACAGGUCCAGAGAAGGAUUGACUGGUUGCGGGAGGGCAGUCGUGAGCUGUUUGGUACUGUGAUAGAGGAACAGGUGUACCUGCUGAUUGACACCUCUGAGUCCAUGAGGGAUAGGCUCCCCUUUGUCAAGGAGAAGCUUUUCCAACUCAUGCAGGAACAAUUGAGACACAAAGCCAAGUUCAACAUCGUAAAAUUCGACACGCGGGCCAUCCCCUGGCGCGACCGCCUGGCGGAUGUGAACGAACAGAACCUGGAGAACGCGUGGCAGUGGGUGAAGGGUCUGACGGCAGGAGGAACCACAAACACACUCGCUGCCAUCAGACUAGCACUGGCUGACCACAACACACACGCUAUCUACCUGUUAACGGAUGGUAGGCCUGAUCAGCUGCCCAAGACAAUCUUGGCGCAGGUGCAGCUGCACCCCCAGGUGCCCAUCCACACCAUCUCCUUCAACUGUGAUGACAUCGAGGCCAACCGCUUCCUGGCUCAGAUGUCACAUGACACCAACGGGAGAUACCACUACUACUCCACUGAUGGGAGGGAUCCGGAGGGACCGGAACCUUUUGAGAGUGAGGAUAUCCAGCUCCUGAAGCAGGAGAUAGAACGGGCCAACAGUGACCUGGCCAAGGUGGCCCAGCUCAGGGACGAGUGUGCAAUGUUGGACUGGAAGAACUCAGGCAGCAAGGCUAUCAGGAACCAGAGACCAGACUCAGCCUCCACCAGCUCCAGUAAGUCCCACUCCCGGUCCUCCUCAGGCCCCACCCCUCCCUCCACCCAUCGCCCCUCCUCCGCCCCCUCCCACCGCAGACCCAUGACAGCCCUGGGGUUCUCCCACACCACCCCCAGCCACACGCCCAGGUCCACCCCCCGCCCCAGGACGGCCAACGGUUACCGCAGUCCGGCGCACGCCGCUCACAGCCACGCCCGACACACGCCGCGUAGGCCCAGGAGUAGGACCUCCGACCUUCAUAAGAAACCUCUCUUUGCAGGCCAAACCAAGACCAGCCUGUUACGGAGCAUGAGUGCGAUGUCCAUGACUCCCCGGGGGUUCAGCACAUCAGGAAACACAUGGAUGCUGCCAGAGACGAAGGAACUCUUCGAGAGGCAGUGGGUCAAGUACAAGGAAUCCCUGGAUGAAGCAGACAGAAUACUGGACAAGAGGAAAAAGAAAAGGAAAGCAAUAAUACCAUCACACCCACUGGACAUGUCCUCCAAAAAGUGGCUGAAGAAGCACGGCCUGGUGGCCAAGAAACUGACCAUCAUGGAUGCUCUUGCUCCAACGGCCAUUCCGCACAAAGCAAAAUAUGUGCCCAUUCUGGACAAGCAUGUGGUGUCAAAGGUCUUUGAUGAGUCCCUCCCCAUAGCCCAUGCCUCCAGCUCAGGAAAGCUGCGUCUGGUGAACCCUCAGGCUGUGGACCUGGUAGGCUAUGAAGAGAGACUACAGAAGGCUGUGGACUCAUAUAAGAAGAGAUUAGACAUGAUUGUGUGGAGGAAUCUGUCACAAGAGGAAAGAGACCAGUUUGACAGUGAGGAAGCGGUGUCCUUUCUGGAGAACCGCCACGCCAUGAUGCAGGCGCUGGACCGGUUAGGCUGGCCCCUCCCCCAGCAGGACAUCCUCCUCCUGGAGGAUGAGAUCGCGCGGGGUCAGAAAUACCUCCGACAAUCCACCGACCUGAGGAAGGCCGCGGAGAAACUGCACCAAUCAACCGAGGAGGAGGAUGAUGAUGACGACACAGCGUCCGAGACGUCCGGGGUGGAGGCAGGAGACGAGACAGAACGCAGCAGGACUGAGUUUGAGGGUUUGGGCAGUGUCUUGGAAGGGAGUGGCGGCAGUGCAGAGAAGAGCACACCUGGUUCUGGCAAGCACAGAGUAAAGAAAGUGCUGGAUAAACUUAAAGGGCACAAGGUCAUCGCAAGGAAAGAAGAAGACGGUUUUUAUUACCCUGGGAUUGUAGUCAAGUGUCCAAACUCCAGACAUGCGAUCGUUGAUUACCAUGGCAAUGGAAGGCAGCUCACGCCCACCAGAUUCGUCAUCCCUAUGGGCGGGGCCAGGGCGUGUCCUGAGCUAAGGGUUGGAGAUUUUGUGCUCGUGAAGACCACAUCAGAAGAGGACCUGGAGUGUUGGGUACCAGGGAUCGUACAGAUGACACCCCGCAGGAGGGAGGCUCAACUUAAGUUCUACACCAUCCUGCAGUUUGACAAGAAAAGGGUGACCUCUCUAAGGAAGGGCAUCAUGAAGAUUCCUAAGUCCAGAUACGUGUUUGCUUGUCGCUACAUCAAGGAUGCUCAACAGAUCAACUAUGAGAUUCCCAGUGUAGACAUUGUCCAAAGACAAGCCACUCCAGACAAAGCUGAAGACGGAGAGAGGCGACCGAAGUCUGGCCGGCGCGGGAGACACGCUAACAACGAGGACUCGGGUCACGUGGAGACCAGCAGCUCUGAGAUGAGUGGAGAGGAGGAGGAGAAGGGAGACAGUGAGAAGACUGGAUCAAGUUACUCAGAUACUGAGUCGGAGACUACCAAAACGUCUCGGUCCACGGUGCACAGUCGUGAGCGUCUGUCGGACCUGGGCACCUCUCCGUCACCCCACACCACGCCACACGUCAGCGAUGAGAAGAUUGAGGAGAUUCUGAGCCACCAGAAAACUCUGGAGGACCUGCAGAGGAAACUACAGGAACAGCAGGAGCAGCAGCUGGAGCAGCAGAAGGCUAUCCAACAAGAACUGCAGAAACUGUCGGAAGCAGUGAAGAACAAACCUGAACCCGACCCAGAACCUGAACCUGAGGCAGUGGACCACAAACCUCCAACAGAAGGAGACCUGGAGAACAUUGAAGAGGAGAAUGAUCAGGAGAGAGUCAGGGAGUGGCUGAAGAAAGGAGAGAAGGAGGGAGAAGAGAAGGAGAAGGAUAGUUCACAGAAAAGUGAGGGAAAGGAAGAAGAGACAGAGGAGAAAUCGAAAACAAAGGAGCCUAGUGAGAAAGAGGAGACUAAAGUGUCCAUGCACAUGGACCCGCAGGGGAAUGAGUCAGUCAUUAUCACUCAGGGUGAUAGAGGGCUGCUGUUCUCACGCAAACCACCAGAGGUCGUCCCUGAGAAGGCAGCCGUAGCCAGACACAGCCUGCCCAAACUCGGGCCAGGACAGGAGGUUCUGGCCAGGUGGUCUGAUGAGGGCUGGUACUACAGAGGUACUGUGAAACAAGCCCUUGGAGACGACAGUUACUACAUCGAGGACAGUGUUGGUGACAUGGAGAGGAUCUUCAGGGAAGACAUCAUCACUGAUGAGGAUGAUGCCAACAACAUCAUACAGUCUGGGGACCCGGUCAUUGGCCUCCACCCCAGCUACUCCUUCAGCUACGCCCCCGGAGUGGUGCUGGAGGUACUGCCGGACCUGUGGACCGUGGUGCGGUACUACGACGGCGCCGAGGCCAAGGUCCCCCGGGAGGAGGUGUACAAGAUGGCCACCGAGAAGUUCGAGAAGGACGUGGCGUACAUUCUGCAGUGCGAGGACAGCUGGGUGGGGCACGCCGUGGUUGCUAGGGACGACAACGAUGGAGCGUACCAUCUGGGAACUGUGAAGGAGAGAGUAGGGAAUGGUCGUCAGUACAUCGUCCAGUGGGCCAAUGAGACCAUGCAAGUACAGAGCUCGUCCUGUAUCUUCGGUGCCUUCACCAAGCGCCAUGCACUGGCACUGGGAGAUCGUGUGCUGGCCGUCGCCGAUCCCGUGGCACUCAUAUACCUCCCCGGAUGGAUCACUGGAACAAACGGGCAGAAGCUAGUGGUGAAGUUCUGCAAUGGGACUACGUCUGCCCACAUCAACCCCCGGCAGUGUUUCUGGCUGUCUCAGGAGUACUUUGACAUCGCUGUCUCUUUCUGGAAGACCAAGCAAGGGGCUAAGUAAUGGAGAAGAGGUCAUCUUUUUGGGAUCCAAUAAUUUAAUCAAGAAUUUGCCUGAGUUUCUACAGCAACUCACUAGAUGGCUCUGUUGUACCAUUCUUGAUGAUGCAGACUUUGUAUGACUACCUGCUUUGAGAUUACUCAAUGUUCGAUUAAGAUGAUAGGAAAAUGGAAACACUUGCCAAGGCUAAGCAACAAGAAUCAGUCAAUACCUCCAGACCUGUGCCAAAAUACUAGUUCAUGUAUACAGUAUGGGUAAUGAGGCUGUUUAACGUGGUUGAGGCACCUCCUCGAGCACGGGACCCCCGUACCUACUGGCUGCAAGAUACACCCGAUAUACUUUAGCAUAGCUGCAUUUUUUUUGUUUUUUGAUAGGAGGCGCUACUGUUCUGUUAAGCUGCACAAUACUUGUACUGAGAGGUAACGUUUUGGACCCCAGCUGGGUCUCUUUCCAGAAGAUCAUAAGGAAUUGUGUUGAUGGAGGUAGAACUAAGGAAUGACAUGGCAAAUCCAGAUUUAAGGCUCUGACUACAACAGAAGAUACAGUGCCAACUUUGCCAAUUGUGGCCGGGAAAAGACUGGCUGUAAAUCGAAGAUAAAGCAAACGUGGACUUUACACUCUGAAGAUUCUGUGCCAUUUCACCUGAACUGUAGGGCCCUUGAACCACCUUUCUCGUACGCUCACCUCUUUAGGAGGGGAUGUUUGAGUGAAAAAUGUUCAUAUUUUGGCAUGUGUGCAACUAGAAAGCUAAAUUCUGUCAAAGCAAACGAUGUCGUCAAUCAACUCCUAUGGUUCAGGUAGUUGACACUGUAGGCAUGGACAUCUUCAUCCUAUCAAAUAUCAUCGUUAGAAUAUCUGCAUCCAUUGCCUCAAUUGGUCAAAACUGCAUCAUGCGAUGCCGGGAUAAACUUGGCGCCCCGCAUGUAUGUGCGUUGAUCGAGGACGUUUUUCAUCGAGGGUGCCAUAAGGCACCGGUCGCCCGUACCUCACAAGGACCCUCUCCCAUUCCAUUAGGGUGGAAAUCGUUCAAUCCGGAUGCCCCGGCAGACUCCGUGUCUCCACAGAAGAAUGUGCCGGUGAAAUAGCACAGACCUGGCUGUGUUGUCUGGGGAGAAGCCUCCACCAAAACAUCGCUGCCCACCUCCCUCGUUUAGACACCACAUAAGCACGCAGUUAAAAGGGACAUAGAAAUCACAUACGGGCGGAAAAAACAGCAAAGGUCGUCAGAGGGAUUAGAAAUAAGUCUGUUAGGAGCAUGCACCAGGAAUCUGAGUGGCUUUUAAAGAAGCAUCGCAUCAACAACAACGUUCAGUUACAUCUCCCUUGUUUAUUUUAAGAUAAACUGUAGCAGGUGCAAGAAUAAUACACACUUAGUCUGCAGCAUUGGAGAAAUGUCAAUGAUUCUGCAGCUUACAACUGGGUGUGCAUCUUUUCUACAGUUGGAAAGAAAAGACUUAGUAAUACCCUAAAAGAUGAUAAUGGACAAGUUCUAAAGACUAAAAUCUUUGCCUCCCCAAACCGCAAGUAGCUAUAAGUACUUUUAAAAGUCACCACACUUGAAACAAGCCACAAGUUUGCACAAUUCAGUAGUCAGAAGGAAAUGUACAAUCGCAGCUUGCCAUAUGGCUGUUUGUACCCGCCUGUUGUAGACCCCCUACUGACCAGACAAGAAAUAAUAGGGACUUGACUAAGGCCUUUUGCUUAUAACUGAAAUAUAUAGGGGAUAGAUGUCUAAAAGCUGAGAGCUUUGCAAGUAAGUUUAGAAGCGUGGGAAUGGUGUAUUUUGGCUUUGAACAGAUCAUUUUCUGUGUGGUCACUACCUGAGAGAGGAAAUACUUCAAAAAGGUGUGAAUUGUGAAGAAGAAUGAUUGUAUAAAAGACUCAUGAUUGAUUUGAUGCGACAAAAUAACAGUCAAUCAAAAAGAUGAUGACUGAAACGUUCUUUAUCUGUAAAUGUACUGAUCUGUAACAGUUACUAUAGAAUUUACAAGAUUGGGUUGUUCUGUAAUGCAUCUAUUUUCUUGUAGAGUAACUUAUUCUUAGGCAUUGAGGCAAUAAGAUUUUUACAAAAUGGGAUUAUUAAGCUUGUAUCAAAGUAAAAG